AUGCGGUUCAAGUUCUUUCUUCUAAUCGCGUUGAUUGUGUGUCUGACGGUGGAAGUUACAUCGACCCGUGAUCGAAAAAGAAAGAAGCAACAACAGAAACUCGAAGAAAGCUCCCAACAAGAGGAACAAGGUAGCUCUCUAGCCGCGGAUUUGUUCAGCACUUUUCUGAAAGGUGUGCCUCAGGCGCUUUCUGAAAGUUUUGAUAGAACUUUUGCGAGCUGAAUUCGUAGAUGUGAAACUGUAAAAUCGAAAAUUUGAGGUUCUCCAAAGUUUUUUAUAGAUGGUAUUUUGAAUUUUCUAUUUUUGUCCAUGGGACUUUUUCUUCGACUAGGCCUCAUAUCGAAACCUUUUCCUAAUUAUCUACAUAAUUUAACGAUAGACUGAAUUGUGUUCACCGCGCGUCUAGAUACUAUGACAAGUUUUUUCAAAAAUCAACAAAAUUUCGUGAAAAAAAAAUCGAUUAGUUUCUCAUUUUUUCGCCUCAAACCUAUGAAAAACAGAUUAUUUUUGCACGAAUGAAAGCUCUUUCAAACUUUUCUAGGCUAUUCAUAUGUUGAGAAAGACUGGAGAUUUUUCAUUUCCUCAAAUAUUUUGAAACAGAGUGAGUGUUUUGAUAGUGUCCAAAUGAAAGACAAUAAAAAAGGUGCGUAAACAAUUAUCAUGCCACAGCGAAACUUCAUCAAAGAAAUUUGCCUUUUUGAAUCAUCCUUCAAAGUUACAUAUAAAUUCACGCCACAUUAUGGGCGAAGAAAGUUGGAAAUAUUUCAGAGCUGAAGUCUGGAUUCAGUGGAGGAGACGAGAAAGCUAAGGAGAACAAAGAACGAGGUUUUCCCAAGUUUUCAAUUCAAAAAUAAGCUCUGCGAAAAAACAGUUGUGGCUUUGGUUGACCGACAAGGAGAGCGCCAAAAGGAGAAGAACGAGAAAGAAAGCAGCGAGGAAGACAAGGACAAGGAUGACAAGAACAGCACCGACACUGAAAUUUCGAUUCCCAAGGCUUGAAAAUUCAGUGAAUGGAAUAAAUAACAAAAGUUCAGCGGUUCCGUAGAGCGGAAAGACGUUGGAAGACGAUUACACUUCAUGACGGUGAGAAACGACAGGUUUUGGACCUGAAACGUCCGGAAAAAACGGUUAGUGUAGGCAAAAACCACAUGUAACAUAGAAAAACAUAGACGGUAGAUUAGAGUUGUAGAUAGCGCAAUAGUUUCGAACUUUAUUUCGAACACAGAGAAGAAUGCGACGCGAAUUUCCGCGACAACCAGACACUGGAAUUAUACAUCAAACUGUUCGCGCCACUGAGUUCAAUGAUGGAGUUCAGUUACCCCUGGAGAACAAACCAGUCUUAAAUAAAGAAGUAUUGUUUCAUCUAUUGCAAAUCCCAAAAAAAAACUCGAGAAUUCGAACUUAAGAAAAAAGAAUAAUUUCUAGCAGCAAAAGAGUCGAAUGAGACGUCACCAAAAACAACAUCAUCAAAAUGAGCCGCAUCACAGAAGGAGAUACGGCGACGACGCGGAAAUUCAUUUGGAAAAUCGUCACCCUCACAGUAUCCAGGUUUUGGGAGUUUACUUUUACUUUUCGAGGCUUUUCUGUUUUUCAAAUUGGAGGGCAAUACAUAGGAAAUGAAAUACAAACAAACUUCUGAUGUUACUUUCUGACCAGAUUAUUUUCAGCAUCAAAAUUUCCGCCACCGUCGCGAAGACCCAAUAAAAAUGCACGAAACGCGUCGCCGAGUGGAAAUCAACGAUGGGGAUCAAGUACCUCUCGUCGCUAAGCCUUACCACACACAAAUGGUUUUUGAUUAUUUAUUUCACAGCUACAUGAAGAAUUCAGCACCACGGCCGUCGUCUGCGUCGUAAUGAUCCUAUCAAAGUUCAUGAAACGAUUCGACGAGGAGAGAUCAACGACGGAAUCCAAAUCCCUUUGGAUACCAAGCCGAGCAAAUAUGAGAUGGUAUGAACUCUAAGAAAAGUCGAAAACUCUUACCGCGGAGGGCUAGGAACACUGAAUCUGUCUUUUUUUCUGUUUCACUAAAAAUGAGUGUUUUAUAUGGCUUCAAGUCGGCGGUAAUAGCACUAUAGGAUACCAGUUUUGAUUUUGUGACUCUUCAGGUCACGAAUUAUGCUUAUAAUUCAUUUUUAAACAACUUUUUCUGUGGUAGAUGAACAUCCUCAAAAACUAAAUGUCCCUUUCGUCAUUGGUGAAUGACCGAUGAUCAAUUCCUUUCACAUUUCGACCAGUCUGGUCUAAAUUCCUAGCUGGCUUAGAACGUAAAAAUGUUUCGAAGCUAAGAGACCCAAAAAAUACUCAAUGCAAUCUUUUUUUUUAAACAUCGACGAAGAAAAUUUCAAAUGUAUCAAUUUCAUGGUAAAUCGUAGCGUAUUCAGAACUCAAGAUCUCGUCGUGAGUACUCAUGGGACAACUACUAG